UUCGGCGCAUUUUAUAUUAUAUCUGUGGUUCGGCGAUUGUGACUUGUUUUGGCUGACGUGUAUCUUUAGUUGGAUUUAUAAAAUAUCGUCAAAAUGACUUCAAUUGUUUCUGUGAUCCCUAAAUUGUACCAGGAAUACACCAACAAAACCUCCAAGAAACUCAAGAUUAUCGACGCUUACCUACUGUAUAUAUUUUUGACCGCUGUAAUACAAUUUGCGUACUGUUGUCUGGUCGGCACAUUUCCUUUCAAUUCAUUCUUGAGUGGAUUUAUUUCUACUGUGAGCUGUUUUGUUUUAGCAGUGUGCCUGAGAUUGCAAGUGAAUCCGGAGAACAAGGCUGAAUUCCAGGGUCUGAGCCCCGAGCGUGGGUUCGCAGACUUCAUCUUCGCACACCUUGUCCUCCAUAUUGUUGUCAUCAACUUCAUAGGUUAAGUUAAAUAAUUUUAUGUCCAUCAAACUUGCACCAUUUGUUAUGAAUGAAAAUAUGAAUAAUAUAUAAUUUAUAAGUGAAAAUAAAACACAAUUUUCCAUU